AUCCUUGAGAGAGUGGCCAGGGGAGAGGGAUAUCAUGGAGAUGGGCAGGUUAAUGGGGUGAGGUGGAAAUCAGGAUCAGAAGGAACUUUGAUGGCUAAUGGAUGUUGAACGUAUUAUUUUGUUGGAAGUGGGCUACUGGAUUAUGGGGAGAUUAAGUAGCCAAAUGGAGUAGGGUUACCCGAGAGGGUUGGGGCAUUUUGGCCACAGUGGUGAGAUUCAUCUGGAUAAGUGGGACCUUUUGGACAGUCACCCAGGGUGGAGAAUUGGCACAGCCAGAAAGGCGAAUUAUAUAUUACACUAGUGGAAUAAUUGGAUGUAAUAAUGCUGCAAAAGAAAGUUGAUGUUCAGUUACAGGCUAUAGUAGAAAAGGGGCACAAUGGAGCUGGAGGAGGAGAAUGCGGUGCAGAGCAGCAGUGAUGCUGCUCCCUUGGGCCAGGAAGAGCCCUCUGAGAGUGGCAUGAUAGUGGAGACAUCCGAGGCUGUAUCUGCAGACAGCAGUGACACAGUAACCACACUCAGCAUGGGAUCUGAGGCAGACAAUAGUUCAGGCGUUGAUUCUGGCGUCGGCCAGAGCUCUGAAGAAUCCAUGGAGGUAGUUCCUGAAACAAGUUCCAGCACAGAUGUCAUCACUAUUGCUCACCUACCAGAUUCCUCCUCUGUUGCUCAGUCCACUAUUGUGUCCAGCGUCUCCACAGUUACACAGUCCAUCAUGGUGUCUGAAUCUGCCCAAGUGCUGGUCCACUCUAGUGUUGCGCCGGAUGGAACCAUGAUCGUGUCUGAUUCGACUGCAUCAACAUCAUCUGAUCUUGGGUCGGCCAUCGAUAAAAUCAUUGGUCCCGAGGCCAUGCAAAGUUGCAUCGCUGUAACAAGUGCAGGAGAUGGAUCUGAAGCCACUCGGUAUCUUGUACUGCCGGGUCCUGAUGAUGGUGGUACUAUUGAUUCUCAAAUGUCUACCUCUGAGCUGUCCAGCUCUAGGCUUUCCAACACAUCAGGGGAUGGGUUGGCAGAAGGACCAACAUCUACUUGUGCAGAUCAUCUUGAACAGCAUGACCUGGCCAAUCUAGAAGACAUGAUGGAAGUGGUAGUUGUGCAGCAGUUCAAAUGCAAGAUGUGCCCUUACAAAAGCAUUUCAAAGGACAAUCUUAUCAAUCACAUGAAGGAGCGACAUCUCAACAUUGGAGGUUUUCUGUGUAAGAAGCGAGGGAGAGGACGGCCAAGGAAGCAGAAUGCCUCACCGAGACCAGAGGAAAUGAAAACUCAAGAGGACAAGGAACUAGAGCAAGAAGAUGAGGAGGAUGAUAUUGUGGAUGCUGGUGCUAUUGAUGACCGAGAAGCCGACAGCGAUUAUAAUCCAGCGGAGGAUGAGGCGCGUGGGAGACAACCGAACUACAGUCGCAAUGUCACCACUUCAUCCAGUGACCGGCCUCGCAGGCGCCCAGGGAGGCCUCGUAAGGUUUUGCAAACAGAAGCAGCAUCUGGGUUUGAUGGAGCAGAGGUUGAGGCACUUGUCACUUCCCAGUCCAACCUAAUGGAUCUCCAGACCUCUGAAGCAGCCAGUUCAACUGCCCAUGAGAAUGGUGAUGUGUCGGCAGCCAAUGAGGUUGUAGCAGAGUCUGGGAUCAGCCAGUCCGAUUCGGAGAACAAAGAUCCAUCAUCAAACACCAGCGAGCCAUCUUAUAAACAUUUGAGAAGACGAGGUCGUCCACCUAAAAGGUUCGGCAGGAGGAAAUACAGAGGAUACCUGGGCCGCAGAUACAAUUACUAUAGAUCAAACAAACCCCUGAUGAGGCCCCACCAUUGUCGGAUCUGUGGCUCCCGCUUCCUGACCCAAGAAGAUUUGAGAUUUCACAUAGAUUCACAUGAAGGGAAUGAUCCAGAACGGUUCAAGUGCCUGCAGUGCAGUUAUCGUUGUAAACGGUGGUCAUCACUCAAGGAGCACAUGUUUAAUCAUGUUGGAACAAAGCCAUAUAAAUGUGAGGAAUGUGAUUAUACAAGUGUUUACAAAAAGGAUGUCCUCAGGCACUCAUCAAUACACACAAAAGAACGAAAGAAGAAAGCUGACCUGCAACAAUUCAUCCUUGUUUUGAAUUGUCUGCAGGUGCCCAAGGUGAAUUCCUAUCCUUGUCCUGUUUGCUAUCGUGUCUAUCCCAUGCAGAAGAGACUAACACAGCACUUGAAAACGCACAGUGCUGAAAAGCCACAUAUGUGUGAUAAGUGUGGGAAAUCAUUUAAAAAGCGAUACACAUUCAAAAUGCAUCUACUAACCCACAUUCAGUCUGUUGGGAACAGCAGAUUUAAAUGUGAAUUUUGUGACUACAUCUGUGAAAACAAGAAGCUUCUCCUCAACCACCAGCUUUCACACACCACAGAUAAACCAUUUAAAUGUGAUUUCUGCAAGUAUUCCACUAUCAAAGAAGAUUUCCUAGUUUCUCAUGUUGCCAUUAAACAUACAGGUGAGAAGCCAUUUUCCUGUGAUCUCUGCCAUUUCAACACAAAGCACAAGAAGAACCUGCGACUCCAUGUCCAAUGUCGUCACCCGGAAUAUUAUGAUAAUUGGGCAAAGAUCCAUCCUGAGGAGCCACCACGAAGGCGAAGGCCGUUCUUCACUCUGCAGCAAAUCGAAGAGUUGAAACAACAACAUGAGCAGAUGCAGUCUACACAGGAAAGCAUACGGGAUACUAUUAUGCCUCUGACGUACCACACUGUUCCAACAUCAAUAGUCAAUCAGGAUUCCUUGGGAACUGCCACUAUCAUUUAUGAACGAGGUACAAGUGAAUCGUCGGAGAUCGCAGCACAAAAUGCCUUGGAUCUCCUGCUGAACAUGAGCACGCCAAGGGAGCUGGUUACAAAUUCAUUACAGGUAGCAGUACUAAAGUCGGACAGUACAGUCCAAGACCAACAAGAAGAAGCUCAAGACCAUGAGGAGGAGCAGUUAACCAUGUCGCCCCAACACAAAAUUGUUGCACUUCAUGUGGGUGAACAUGGCGAGACUGUGGUCCAAGAGAUGUAUGAAACUACCACCAUCGAUAGCUGUGGAAUCCCUCAAGUCACCAUAAGCCCUUUCACCAAUGGCACGGAAUAUAAUAUUGUCACACCAGGAAGUGAGGAGGUGCAGCACACCACCACAGUUUACAGUGGCUCCAGUGGCAGUGGGGAUGUGGCUCACACCGUGUUAGUCAGUGGUGAUGAGUUAAAGCAACACCAGAGUCGCUUUAUCAUGUCAACAAACUUGCAGGGGAACCAAUUUCAACAGAUUGAGUUUGCAGGUGACAUUACAUCUCCGCCAGUUGAUUCAAGCCUUCAGUCAUCCAUGAAGAAAUUCUCCUGCAAAAUAUGCACGGCAUCGUUUCAUGGGCGCGCAGAGAUGGAGAGUCACAAGAGAGCACAUGCCGGUGAACAUGGCUUCAAAUGUCUUGAUUGUAACUUUGCAGCUAACACGUGGCCAGAGGUUCGAGAUCAUAUGUUGCAGCAUUCCAACUUGAGACCUCACAAAUGUAACCAGUGUAGUUUUGCAUCCAAGAACAAGAAGGAUCUACGGCGGCAUCUGCUCACACAUACAAAUGAGAAGCCUUUUGCCUGUGAUAUCUGUGGACAGAGGUUUAAUCGAAAUGGCCACCUGAAGUUUCACAUUGAGCGACUGCAUAGUUCUGACUCCCAUCAGAAGAAGCCUCGUCAGCAACAUGUCAUACUGAAUAGUGAUGAUGAAACAAUUGCUCUACAGACUGAUGAUGCUGUCAUUUCAUCAGAUCGAUUCCAGGCAUUGGCCCAGGACCACAUCAUUGUUGCCCAAGAACAGGCAAUUUCUGACCAGGAUGAGACCACAUACUUCCAACAUAUAACAUCCAAUGGGCAGACUGUUCAACAUUUGGUAACAGGAGAUAACCAGGUGCAAUACAUAAUUUCACAGGAAGGUGUACAACACCUUGUUCCACAGGAAUACGUGGUUGUCCCUGAUGGUCACCAUAUUCAGGUUCAAGAUGGUCAAAUCCACCACAUACAAUAUGAAUCGGAUCCACAAAUACACCAGGUCUUGGAGGGACAGCAGAUUGCAGUGAGCCAUGAUGGGCAGAUCCAAUAUGUGCCAAUCACCGACCGACAGGUAGUGACUCAAGCAGAGUUGGAGGCAGCUGCACACUCAGCAGUGACAGCUGUAGCAGAUGCUGCCAUGGCCCAGGUUCAAGGGAUCUACACGACUGAAGCCACAGAGGAACAGAUCCAGCAGCUUCAGCAGCAAGCAAUCCAGUAUGAAAUGGCUCAUGCGGAAGUCAUCACAUAUUCAGAAGACUAAUGCAAUGCGGGAGGAAGAGAUAACGACUUAUGCACUUUUUGUUUUUGGUUAACAAGAAAUGAGGGUCAGUGAGGCCAGGAAAAGGGGAGAAAAACAUUAUGUCCUUUCACUAUCUCAUAAUAAUAACUUGGUUUGCUUUUGAAAUUGUCCUCGCCACCUCUUGCAUGUAGUGAACAAAUGAAAACCUGAUUUGUACAUCUUGCUUCCAACCAUCCACCUCAACCUUUCCUUGUCAACACUACCUUUGCAGAUUUGUUAAUAAUUAGACCAAUGGGUUACCUUGGUACUGAAUCUUUGCAAAUAGCUUGAAAUUCAAACCUCCCUUUUGAAGUUUAUUGAAAGGUUUAGCACAAUCUUUAAGAUGGAUCGAUGAACCAGUGUCUUUAUAAAAGAAAAACAAAGAAUUACAAGCUUCCACCUUUUGAGAAAUUAUCUACACACAGUUCUAUACAUUUCUUGUAUUUAAUGUAUGUGUAUAAAGAAUAUAUACAAAAUAUUAUGUACAGAUUAUUGAAUGCCUGCGGGUGAAUAAUGAGACAAAGAUCUAGUUGGGGAAUUCAGUUGCUUGAUCAUUGUAUUAUUCAUCAUUGCUUCUUGUUUUCCAUUUUAAUAUAUAACAAAUUGCAUUUUUUUUUAAACCUUGCCAUUGUAGCAAUCUGUUGUGAUGUUAAUAUUGUUUUCAAGAUGAAAGGACAAAUGUGUUCUGCUAUUUAGUAUCUUGUUUUAUUUGCAGAGAACUAGUUGCAGCUGCUACUGCUGCUGGAGAUGCAGUGACGUGAUCCAAUAUUCGAUUCUGGUGUGGGAUGAAAAUUCCCCAUCACGUGAUUUCUGCAAAUUCACUCAGUACGCCAUGAGUCUGCCUUCAACCACAGCUCAGUGCUGAGCUGGCUGCUAUCACUGGGGCAUCAAUUGAUCUCUUGAAAUAAAAUUUGGCCCCAGUAAUAAAGUCAACAAGGCAAUCUCGCAUAAGUAACUUCCAAUAAGUAAAUGUACAGGGAUCACAUCUUUUAUAUAUGAAUGAUGGGCUUUUGAGGAUAGGGGUAUAAAGCACAAGUACACUUGUAUUGCAGUGUAAUAAAAGAGGCAUUUUAUUUGGCUAUAUACUAGAUUCGGUGCAGAAGAAUAUUUAUUUGUUGAAACAUCAUCCGUAACUUAUGACAUUCGGAGGAAAAAACUAAAGGUAAAGUGAAACCAGUAGUGGCUGAUAAAGAUUCAGGAUUAUAUUUGGAACUGAGCUAAUUGAUAUUUCAUAAUGAUACAUUUAGCCCAGUUUAUUAUAUCGUUCACUUCAUGGUUUUCAUAAUGCCUGUUGUCAACAUCCCAAUGCUGCAUUAAUGUUGCUACAUUAAUGUUGGCCCCCAAGCAUUAUGAAAACAAUUUCAUUGAUCAUUGUUUUCCGAAGGUUGCUUAUGCUAAUUCUAUAAAACUGAAUUGUUUCAACAAUAAUAUACACAGACUAAUUUAUUGAGUAAGAUGCGUGUUUUCUUUUACCUUAAACCUAAAUUAUUCAUUAGCUCAUUUAUUCGAUUUGGAAGCUGGGCUCACUGGCAGGUCAGAAUAUUUCACCCUUGAGAAAGUGAUGGUGAACUUCCAUGAACUGCUGCAGUCUCUGGUGUAGGUACUUCCUCAAUGGUGUUGAAUAGGUGGUUUUGAAAUUUAGAGCCAACGAUGAAGGGUGGGUAUAUUUCCAAAUCGGAAUGUGAAUUGGAGAACUUGGGUGGUGGUGUUUUUGUGCACAUACUUUCCUUGCAUUUUCUUGAUCUGUUGGUAGUAGAGAUUGUGGGCUUGGGAUUGCUUUCUGAGUAACCUAUAUCAAUAAUGGCAAAUGUGUUUUGUAAGUGGUACACAUGCAGCAAUUAUGCUGGUGGUGGUGAAAAUUAUGUU